AUGCUAUCUGGUUGUGCUCUGGUUGCCAUGUGCAAGCUGUUGGAAAUGCUUGGAAUGCUCAGUGAAGGAAGCUACGCGCCCCCGAGCUGCCCCGCUCCUCUCAUGUCCAAAGCUCAAGAGGCAUGGGUAGGAGAAGGAGAAAUCUCAUCAUUUGUAAAAAGAAACCGUAUGCGACUUCGUGUCAAGUUUGAAACGGCAUACGAAAAAAGUGGAUUUUUCCUUCAAUGCACAGUGUGCGUAAGAUCUGCCCCUGCAGGUUCUGAGCACAUUGCUAUCGCUGGUUGGGGCUUACCUGCCGCUGGCAGCACUUGCAUGCAGGACGGCAAAGGCAUGUACAAAACGGACACUCGCUGCGCCCUAUCCCUCCCCCGAUUUUCAUCGCCCUUCGCAUGCAGAUCUUUCGCGUCUGCCGCGUCGGGAGCUGGGGCGUCAGCAGCUCAGGCCGCCCCUCCAAAAUCUUCACAGAGCCUUAGUGCCAAGGGGCAGGGGGCUUCCAGCGGUCGAGAGCCAUACGAUGUCUUCAUCAUUGGGGGAGGCGUCUCGGGCACGGCGCUUCUGUAUGAGCUCGCAGCCUUCACGAAUCUGAGGAGGCUCGGCCUCGUGGAACGGCGGUCAGCAUUUGGCGUUGUGCAGUCAAACCCGAGAAACAACUCCCAGACGAUCCACUGCGGAGACAUAGAGACGAAUUAUACUCUGCAAAAGGCCCGAGUGGUCAAGCGGCAGGCGGAUAUGCUUCGCAACUUCGCCACAAAACUGCCGCCUAGCGUCCGCGAUAAGGUCGUCUUCCGCUUCCCAAAGAUGGCCUUAGCAGUUGGUCCGGAGGAGUGCGAUUUCAUGGAGAAGCGUUUCAAGAUUUUCCGAGAACUCUUCACUUCUCUGCAGCUCAUCAACAAGCAGCAGAUUUGCGAAGUCGAACCCCGCGUUGGUCUGAGAUCUUCUAAUUUCGAGCGACCUGAGGAAGUUUGCGCCAUGUAUGUUCCCAACGAGUAUACCGGCGUGGAUUACGUGCACCUCGCGGAGGCCUUUGUUGAGCAGGCAAAGGCCCUUGGAAGCGACAAGAAGAUCGACCUUGGAUUAAAUACCGAGGUGCUGGAAAUUCGGCGGGAGAGGGAGGAUCUCUUUUCUAUCCGCACGAACCGUGGAGUGAAGCAGGCACGCUUCGUGGUGGUGAGUGCAUGCGGGCACUCAUUGCUAUUUGCCCAACGCAUGGGAUACGGCUUGCAGUACUCCUGCUUGCCUAUGGCCGGAUCCUUCUACUUUACGGAGCGCAUGCUCAACGGGAAGGUCUAUACAGUGCAGGAUUCUCGCCUGCCUUUCGCUGCCGUUCAUGGAGAUCCAGACGUAGUAGCGCAAGGACUUACCCGAUUCGGCCCGACGGCGCUGCCACUGCCGCUCUUGGAACGGUUCAACAUCUGCACCCUUCCAGAUUUCUUGCGGGUCGUAAAUCCCGAUCUGAAUCUCCUGAAGGUGUAUAUUGAGCUCUUAAACACGCGGCACAUGCGGAAUUACGUCUUGAGGAACUUCCUUUUUGAAGUGCCCGUGCUGAAUCAUCAUCUCUUCGCCAAGGAUGUGAGCAAAAUCGUGCCUUCCAUUAAGCCAGAAGACUUGAAGUACGCAAAGGGAUUUGGAGGGGUGCGGCCUCAGCUCAUCGACAAAGAGCAGAAGAAACUGCUCCUGGGAGAAGGGAAGAUCAUGACUGGCGAAAAUAUAAUUUUCAACAUCACCCCUUCGCCGGGUGGCACCACUUGCUUGGGAACUGCGCAAACCGACUUGAAAGAAAUCGUCAAGCAAUUGGGGGCAGAGUUCAAUGAAAAGGCAUUUAAUAAAACGCUUCUGGAUGGAGAGUAUCCCGUUGUUUACUAG